AGACAACAACUCAAACACACACACACACACACACAUAUAUAUUGGAAACUCCACUAUAUAAACUCCAUCUCCAAGACAUCUCUCGCGCGCUCUCUCUCUUUCUCUCUCUCUCUCCACUGCAAAAAUGGGAAGCAGAAAUGUUAGGCUGUUGCUGAUUUCCUUGAGCCUUGUCAUAGCUCAAUCUGCGGCAGACUGGAACAUUUUGAGGCUGAAGUGGAGCAGGAAGAGCAAUAUUAUUAUUGCCAAUGCUGGUGAGGAUGAUAAUGAUGGCCUUUUGAUCAGGGGAAGGAGCUUGAAGAAUUACUGCGAGAGCUGGAGGAUGAAUGUGGAGCUGAACAACAUAAGGCGAUUCGAUGUCGUUCCGGAGGAAUGCGCAGAGUACAUCGGGAAAUACAUGGCGUCGACGCAGUACAAGGUGGACUCGGAGAGGGCGCUGGAAGAGUGCACGCUGUAUCUCGCCAGCUGCUGCGCCUCCAAAUGCGUCGACGGUAAAGACGCUUGGAUUUUUGAUGUGGACGACACUCUCCUCUCCACCCUCCCUUACUAUCAAAAACACAAUUAUGGGGGAGAGAUGCUCAAUGUGACAUCCUUGGAAGCAUGGAUGAGAGAGGGCAAUGCACCAGCUCUAGGCCACACACUCAGACUCUUCAAUGAUAUAAAAGCAAGAGGCUUCAAGAUCUUUAUAGUAUCUUCAAGAAGGGAACUACUUAGGUCUGCCACUGUGGAUAACCUCAUUAAGGUUGGAUACCAAGGUUGGACUAGUCUUAUAUUGAGGAGUGUUAGAGAUGAAUACGAAGAAGUGCAAAAAUACAAAGCUGAGGUGAGGAAAAGAUUGAUUAGUGAUGGGUAUCGCAUACACGGCGUUGUCGGAGAUCAAUGGAGCAGUCUUAAAGGAACCCCAAAUGCAGAAAGAACAUUCAAGCUUCCAAAUUCUUUGUAUUAUGUUGCCUAAAAUUCAUUUACAUCCAAUCUAUAAACAAGCUAGCACGCCACUGUGUAAUAAAAGAGAUAGUAUUGUUGCUACAUAACAAAACCUAUUGUGGCGUAGUUAGCUCCUCUAUAUAUAUGCCCAUGUAAGGUGGUUGCUAAAACUUGAAGCCUUUUAAAAAAUGAUUAAACAUUGUUUUCUUUAUUA